UAGUAUAUAAAUUAAAUACACAAGUAAAGAAUCAGAGAGAGGAAGCACAAAAAAGAAGACAAACAAAUAGCAGCAUUCAAAUCAAUCAAGCAGAAAAUGGUAGUGUCAUUGCUGGGCAAUUACAUGAACAACCGGGUGCAAAACGCCAACGUAGAGCUACAAGUAAUUAUGAGAAAAAAAUCCUUGAAGAAUUACUUAACUAUAAUACAUUUCCAGAAAAUAAAUCUGUCAAAAUUUUAAGAAAAAUUUGA